GGAGGUCGCGGGCUGUUCUCGUUAUUCUGUCCCCAAGCCGUUUCUUUGAUCACUUGAGUUGUAUGUAGGAAAAGUUGAACCAAAAUGAUGCUUCUUGCGCGCGGGUAUUGCACUCGCACGAGUUAUCGUGAGAAUCAGGAAUUUAGGUUAACCCUGAGAAACUCGCAGGCGUCAUUGCACCGGCGUCAAACUUUAUUAUUAUCGAUACGUAUUGAUUAGUGCCGUUCACGCAUGAUAUCGUACGAUAGCAAAUCUAAAUCGGCUUGAAUACGAGUGAAAACAAAUGAGUGAACGGGGGAAAAGCAUCGUGAACGAUGUGCGUCGAUCUACUUUGGCAGAAAACCAGGAAUGCUUGACAAUUCAUGACAUUCCCAGGUUGCUGUCAUGCUCGAGGUUAUUCUUCGGACAGUCGACCACGAGAUUUUUAAACACUAUUUUCUAGUCAAUCGAUCAUUGAUACCUUUACGAGAAGUUUCUUUAAUGUUGCUAAAGAUCAUGAAAGUCAUUCCCCAGUAAGAGGUCCGGUAUACAGGCAAACCGCUACAGGAUUAAAAAUGGAGUCCACGGCAGAGGAGAUUAAAAGAUUGACCGACGAGGCAGAGAACCUCAGGCAACGACUUGAGGACGAGAGACAGAAAUUAAAUGACGUUACAUUGGAGAGUGUAUCCGAGAGACUCGAAGCAAUUAAUUGUAUGAUGAUAAAACCUCGACGAAUUUUAAAAGGCCACCAAGCAAAGGUUCUUUGUUCCGAUUGGUCCCCGGACAAACGUCACAUUGUUUCAUCGUCACAAGAUGGAAAGAUGAUUAUAUGGGAUGCAUUUACAACAAACAAGGAGCAUGCUGUUGCGAUGUUAAGUACUUGGGUGAUGGCAUGCACCUAUGCUCCUAGUGGUACUCUCGUCGCAUGUGGGGGUUUGGACAAUAAAGUGACCGUUUAUCCCCUGAGUUUAGAAGACGACGUGACAGUUCGCAAGAAGACUGUGGGCACGCAUUCAUCAUACAUGUCCUGUUGCGCAUUUCCUAACAGCGAUCAGCAGAUCUUAACGGGUAGCGGUGACAGUACUUGCGCAUUAUGGGAUGUGGACAGCGGACAGCUCUUACAAAAUUUCCAUGGCCACUCGGCAGAUGUCAUGUCGAUCGAUUUAGCGCCUAGCGAGACCGGUAACACUUUUGUAUCCGGAGGUUGUGACAAGAUGGUGCUUAUCUGGGACAUGAGAACCGGUCAGUGUGUACAGAGCUUCGAGGGACAUCGAUCCGAUGUCAAUUCGGUUCGCUUUCAUCCAAGUGGCGAUGCUGUGGCCACAGGAUCAGACGAUGCGACUUGCCGACUCUUCGAUCUUCGAGCCGACAAGGAGGUGGCUGUCUACGCAAAGGAGAGCAUCAUCUUCGGAGCAAAUGCCGUCGACCUCAGCGUGAGCGGUCGAUUGCUGUUUGCUGGUUACAACGAUUACACGGUUAAUACAUGGGAUACGCUCAAGUGCCAACGCGUGGCAUUAUUGUACGGCCACGAGAACCGCGUUUCGUGUCUAAGAGUCUCUCCAGAUGGUACUGCACUUUCCACCGGAAGUUGGGACACAACGUUAAGAGUUUGGGCUUAAAGUUUUAUCCGUGCACGCUACCACCGGCGUGUACUUAGCGCGCACAACGCAUCGGUACCAUUUUAAUUAUUUUACAGUACUUACUAAAAAAAUAGUAACGUUCGAAUUAAAAUCGAUACGCAUAAGGAAAGACCUAGGUCAAAAGUGGGAAACAGUCACUAAUCAAAAGAGAAAUAGUUCUUUGCCCGUUAAAUCUUCUUCGCGCUUCUCACAUAUUGCUGAAGUAAGCAUUUCUUAUUACGUUAAUCUGGAAGUAUCGAAGAAGUGUCGGGGCAUUUCUCGCAGCAGAUCCAAUAGCAGUUAUGCACGUUACGUGGCAGUUAUGUUAAAAACUAGGAAAUUGUAACAUCGAACGAUGUGCAACAAGAAAAAAAAAAAAUAUGGGAGUGAAACAUCUCUCGCGAAAAAUGAAUUAGGCGUUACGCAAUGUAUUAACGGUCAUGUCAUAAACUUCGCUUUUAUAAGUGAUACAAAGAACGUAGUCAUAGAUACGCACAUUAAAGCGUUAUACGUGUUGAGUACAGUACUCUUUAGACACGGCCACGGUAAGACGUAUCGUGGGCGUAUGCUGUAGAUUUAUCUUCGCUAAAAACGUGUGUAUGUGAGUACGUAACCAGGUGAUGCAUUGCUUUAAUCAUGGAUGAGCGAGUGAGAGUACACGUUAACGGAAUUCCAAAGAUUUCGCAAAACCAGUCGAGUUGAAAUUUGAUGUAAAAAAUCAAGUACCUCGUGAACAUAAUUCCAUUAGUUCUCUAAUUAGUGACUAUAACUCAGAUGUAUAAUAGCGACUGUCGAUCGUUUUUAAACAUGCAUAAGUUGUACUGCUUUUGUCCAAUUUCUGUGAAAUUUGGCACGAAUAUAUGAUUCAAUCUGA